GAUGCAAACGUUGGAAGUUUAACAUUGCAGUGAAGAAACUGAAGGAGACAAAACAAUGUGCUUGGUAUGGGAAAAUCUCACGGUGGAGCUACCUAGCAUGAUCACGAGUGGUUCAACGAGGAAAUUGCUAAGUGAUCUUAGUGGUUAUGCUGAACCAGGCCACAUCAUGGCUAUCAUGGGACCUUCUGGGUCCGGCAAAUCCACGCUACUUGACUCAUUGGCUGGAAGACUUUCUUCAAAUGUUAAAUUGAGUGGAAAAGUCCUUAUCAAUGCCAAGAGAAGCAGCAUAGAGUGCAGAGAUAUUUCUUACGUUACUCAAGAAGAUUUUUUCUUGGGAACCCUUACAGUCAGAGAAACAAUUACUUACUCGGCUCACUUGAGGCUUCCUAGGAAAAUGACUAAAGACGAGAUAGAUGGUAUUGUUGACAACACAAUAAUGGAGAUGGGUCUUCAAGAUUGCGCUGAUUCUAAGAUUGGAAAUUG